GAGCAACCAGACAACCUGUUCUUCUCUGUGUACCAGGUUCAACCUCCUUUGAAGUAUGAGUUCCCAUCAGCAGAAGCAGCCCUGCAUCCCACCUCCACAGCUUCAGCAGCAUCAGGUGAAACAGCCCUGCCAGCCUCCUCCCCAGGAACCAUGCAUCCCUCAAACCAAGGAGCCAUGCCACACCAAGGUUCCUGAGCCCUGCCACCCCAAGGUUCCAGAGCCCUGCCACCCCAAGGUUCCGGAGCCUUGCCACCCCAAGGUUCCAGAGCCCUGCCACCCUAAGGUUCCGGAGCCCUGCCACCCCAAGGUUCCGGAGCCCUGCCACCCCAAGGUUCCGGAGCCCUGCCAUCCCAAGGUUCCGGAGCCCUGCCACCCCAAGGUUCCAGAGCCCUGCCAUCCCAAGGUUCCAGAGCCCUGUCCUUCACCAGUCGUCCCAGGGCCAGCUCAGCAGAAGACCAAGCAGAAGUAA